GCUCCCAGAAGCCUCCAGCGGCGGAAGUUGUCACUUUCAGAGAGACGGAGCCCACGCCGUGUACCCGGCAGUAGGCUCGCCAUGGCGAUGGGGGGAGGCAGCGGUGUCCCCGAGCAGGAGGAUUCGGUGCUGUUCCGGCGUGGCACAGGCCAGAGUGAUGAUUCUGACAUUUGGGAUGAUACAGCGUUGAUAAAAGCUUAUGAUAAAGCUGUAGCUUCAUUUAAGCAUGCUCUAAAGAAUGGUGACAUUUCUGAAGCUUCAGAUAAACCAAAAGGCACACCUAAAAGAAAACCUGCUAAGAAGAAUAAAAGCCAAAAAAAGAAUACCACAGCAGCCCUGAAGCAGUGGAAAGUUGGUGACAAGUGUUCUGCCAUUUGGUCAGAAGACGGCUGCGUUUACCCAGCUACCAUUGCUUCAAUUGAUUUUAAGAGAGAAACCUGCGUUGUGGUUUACACUGGAUAUGGAAAUAGGGAGGAGCAAAAUGUGUCUGAUCUACUUUCCCCAGCCUCUGCAGUGGAUAAUAAUGUAGAACAGAACGCUCAGGAGAAUGAAAAUGAAAGUCAAAUUUCAACAGAUGAAAGUGAGAACUCCUGCAGGUCUCCUGGAAAUAAAUCAAAUAACGUCAAGUCAAAAGCUACUUCGUGGAACUCUUUUCUGCCUCCACCACCCCCCAUGCCAGGAGCAGGACUGGGACCGGCAAAGCCUGGUCUAAAGUUCAAUGGCCCACCACCACCUCCACCACCUCCACCACACUUCCUAUCAUGCUGGUUGCCUCCUUUUCCUUCUGGACCACCAAUAAUUCCCCCACCACCUCCCAUAUGUCCAGAUUCUCUUGAUGAUGCUGAUGCUUUGGGAAGUAUGUUAAUCUCUUGGUACAUGAGUGGCUAUCAUACUGGUUACUAUAUGGGUUUCAAACAAAACCAGAAAGAAGGAAGGUGCUCACAUUUCAAUUAAGAAGUGCAGCUCUCUCCCAAGGAGAAUGGUAUUUUGAUGCGCCAUGGUUGAUGUGAAUAAAAUUUCAUGUUUUUCUUCAUGAACAGUUGGUUGGGUGGCAUAGCCAUCUGCAUUGCCCUAUGUUGCAUGUGACUCAUGCUUCGAUAACCAGCCAUGUGUUUCAAGAGAAUAAUCAGUUUGAAUAACUCAACAGUGGAAAUGUGAGUAACUAAAAGAAACUCAAAGUCACACAUAGUGCAGAAAAGUCAAUCUGUGAAAAUAUCGACUGAACAUAUUUGUAUAUUGUAACUUUCUUAGUAAGUAUGUUAAGCUUUUUAUUAAUGCCUUUAAAAAUAAAUGACAAAUUUUUUUUAA